UAUAUGUAGCCUACUUUUUAAUUACUGAAGAAAAUAUAACUCUGAUCUAUUAGCGAUAGCAGAAUCAGCGUCUGGAAAUUAAUACUGCACAAAGAAAUCAGAGGCUUUAAUCUUGUCAAUUCCUGGAUAAUCUUGUCAACUUCAAUAAGAACACCUCUUACCCUUUUUCUUAAGAGAAAAUAUGAGAUCUUCACCAGCCAUUCCUGGAAUUGUCUUGGUAAGAAGUCAGGUAAUGCCAUGAGAACAUCAUCACUUGGCACCUCAUCCCACACCAGCUUUGUCCCUUCUGUGGAAGUCAAACCUAGCCGUUUGUCAGCUUUCAGGAGGCUUUUCAAGCCUUGGAAAUGGAAGAGAAAGAAAAGAAGUGAGAGAUUUGAGAAAACAUCUCGAGUCUUGGAGAGGAAAAUCUCGAUGCGGUCUACGAAAGAAGACCUCAUUAAGAGGGGUGUACUGAUUCCUGAUGGAGUUAUCAGUAAUCAGAAGGAUUCUGGUAAAGAUAAUCAUAGCUCUCAAGCCAAUGGUCAGGUAGCAACAGAAACAGUCAGCGGCAGUGCAGUAGUGGCUACAUCUUUUGAGACAUCCACAACCACAUCUUCUAUCACAGUUUUCAGUAGUUCAUCAGGUACUCCUACAACGAACACCCACUUAACAAGUUUGUCUUCACCUGUCAUUCCUGAUACAAGUCUUCUUGAUUUGCCAAACUUAGAACAAGUUCCCUCUAAUGAUGAAGACUUAACAUGGUCAGCUCUUCCAGAUCCUCCGAUUGGUGUUAAUGAAAUAGGACCCAUUCCUCCACCACCCAUGUUCUCUUCUCCAUCACCAUGUUUUGGAAAGAAAACCAUUGAUUCUUCUGACUCUGCAAUAGAGAAUAUUGAGGACUUACCACAGCUAGAUAGCAGUUGUGUUUUGCUCAUUCCACAACCUGAUGUUGAUAUCAGUGUUGUUCAGGAAGUUCCUGCGAAGGAACCUCAGCUGAAAGCAGUGCCCAAGAAGAGUGCUCUGAAGAAACGAUUUAACUUACUGUCAACUUUUUCACCAUCAUCUACAUGUGUAACCUUGACCACAACUUCUUCCAGUCCUUUUACAGAAUUAAUUACCACGUCAGUCUCAAUGAUGAUAAAUUCUUUAGAGUCGUCAAGUCAACGUGGAAACAAAGCUACUCCUGACUACACAGCAGUCACCUCUUCUCAUCUUCAUGAUAACAAAGAGAACAAACCCUUACCAGCCAUCACAGUCAGUAAUCAAGUAGAUUACGACAGUUCGAGUGACGAUUCUGAUGAUGGACCAAUUAACUGGAGGGAUUAUUAUGGAGAAGAUGAACGAGCCCGGUUAGCUGCUAAAAUUGCUAGGAAAGAUUCUCUAGCAUUGAAAUUAGCUCAGCGACCUAACAGACAGGAACUUAUUGACAAAAACAUCCUUCAAUUGCAGACCAAAAAAGAAAAACAGCAAAGCUGGGAUGCUGUGGGAAAUAACCUUAUACGACGACUGAGUUUAAGACCUUCUCCUGAAGAACUUGAGCAGAGGAACAUUCUAAAAUACCAAACACCUGAAGAAUUGAGAAAAGAAAAGGAACAAACAAAGAAAACAUUAAUACGAAAGUUGAGCUUCAGACCAACAAUAGAUGAAUUAAAAGAAAGAAAAAUUAUUCGCUUCAAUGAUUACAUAGAGGUAACACAGGCUCAAGACUAUGACCGUAAAGCAGACAAGCCUUGGACAAGACUAACCCCAAAAGACAAGGCUGCAAUAAGGAAAGAACUGAAUGAAUUUAAAAGCUUAGAAAUGGAAGUCCAUGAAGCCAGUCGCCAGUUCACGAGAUUUCAUCGACCUUGAGGAUCAGUCAACUAGUGUGUGCUGUAUACUUUUUUCCCCCAUUCUACGAGACAGAUAGUAAUGCAGGGUUUCUAUUAGACCUAAGCCAGCUUUGUAGUCUUUUUUUCCAAAGCCAGCUGACUCGUCCUUUUCCAAGAAGUGGUAUUUUCUUGUAACAUUGUUUAAUACAGGAUUGUUGUUCAUUAGAAAACUUCCACUUGUCUCCAAUUAUAUGUAUAUAGAGUAACAAGAAAACCCCAUUUUGUUGUGAUCAUGUUUUGGGUUAUAAAGACAAAAGUGUUUCACUGAUUAUUUUUAAUUCUUUUAAAUAAUAUUAUAAUGGAACUUUACAGUUUUUAGAAUUGAAGAUUACGUCUAAACUAUGGUCAUUUUAUAAUAAACAUAUUGUAAUAUAGUAAAGUUCUGUAUAUUGGAAAAAUGUUUGUUCUCAGCAGCUCUUACAUCAUCAUUGUUGUUAAUAUAAUCAUCUGACUGGAUUGACAUUCAAACUAAGUGGAAUGAUGAGAGUGACUGAAAAACACUCGGUAGUAUUUUAGAAGUGAAACAUUGGAGCUAGAUUUUCAUUACUGCAAAUAUCAAUCAACUUUAAAGUGCUUACUUCAUGAAAACGUAAAAGCUAAAUUUUAUGAGUUAAAAUUGUUUGGUAUUAAAUAAUAGUUAUUUUUAUUAAAGAUGGUAAAAGAAAUAAUGAAAAUACUUUUAUUAUCCUUAUCAAAUUUUGGUUUUGUAGUAACUACAUUUUUAACAUUUUUUUUCAACAAGUUAUUAAAAUUGGACACAUUUUUGAAAUACUUUGUUUGAGAUUUCUUCAAAAUAAUCCAACCAAAAGAGUUGUAACCAUUACUGAAAUUGCUUGUGAAAUAAGCAAUUUCCUUCUUGCCUGAGUACUUGAAUUUAGUGUUAAAAGUGAAUAGCUAUUUGUUUUGAUAUAAUUUAGUUGCUUAAAAAACUUAAUUGCAGUUCUUACUUGACUAGUAUUGUAAUGAAAAACACCAUGAACUAUUUAAAAUAAUUGUACAGUUUAUUACUGACUUAAUUCUUACAGUUCAUCUAAUUUACCAAAAAUAAAAAUUAUUCUACAAAACA